AUUGGAUGAUUAAAAGCAGUGAUCACUAGUCGUACGCAUCAUAUGAUUGUAUUAUAUAAACAGUGAUCACAACUGUAAAGUAAUAGUCAAUUGUAUUGACAUUUGACUGCAUUUCAAUUGAAUCAAACAAAGAGUAAGUUAUGGACCAAAUAUUAUUGACAAGUCUUUUACUCAUCAUAUUGUCGAUCACCACAAAAGGCUUGAAUGCAUUGCCACAGCCGGUGGACAACUUGUCAUCGGUGGACAAGACAUGCAAAGGAUGCACUUCUUUGGUCACAUUUAUCGAUAAAUUGAACACAAAUUCAUCCCAACUCUUGUCGGAUGCAUUGGUGACGAUGUGUAACGACUACUCAUCACUUCCCGGCAAACAAACCAAACUUACGUGCACACAUAUUGUCAAUGAUGUACUCAAAUUGUUUAACAAAGUGGACAAAAAUGCGUUUUGCGAUGACAUCUCUGCCUGUCAUAACAAUACAAUUAACAUUAAUACUGUUGAGACUAACAUCGCCGAUGACCCGACUUGUAAUUUCUGUGUCACUGUUGUCACUAAUGUUAAGGAGAUAAUAAGUGGCGGACCCACUGAACUAGAGGUCAAGUUUUUUGUUGAAGACGCCUGUCAUUACUUGGGUAGCUUUGAAAAUGAGUGCGUCAGCUUAUCCGAUGAAUAUAUCGAUAAUAUGUUUCAAUAUAUUCGCCAAAAUCUGAAUCCUAAGAAGUUUUGUAAGUCAAUCGGUGCCUGUAAUACAACAAAAGCAAUAAUUGAAAGCAAUAAUCAAUCGGAAAAAUUUGCCGAUAUUUCUGAAGUGAUUAACAUAUUUCCGCCACAAACUGUUGUUCAGUUGACUCCUCUGCAAAGUGCUGUCGAAAAUGGAAACAAUGAUAUGGAAUGUGUUAUUUGUAAAAGAGUUGUCGAAUAUGUCAUUAAACAACUGUCUGACAACCGAACAGAAGAAGAAAUAAUAACAGCUCUCCAACAGGUCUGCUCACUGUUUCCAGUAAGAGAUCGAAGUAAAUGCAGUAAUUUUAUUGAACAAUAUGCCAAUGAGUUGAUUCAUAUCCUCAUCGAUGAGGGCGAUCCUAACCUUGCGUGUACUCUACUUGGCGUUUGUGUCCCAAGAAGUGUUUGGCAACCAAUGAAUCGAUCAAAUGAUGUCGAAAAGGAGGAAACAGCUAAUACUAAGAGUUCUGUGAAAUGGACUGAAAUUGAAGAAAGCAUUUCAAGCGAAUCAACAGUCGAUAAAUUAAACAACAGUAACAGCAAAGCAUGUUUUGAAUGCGAACUAUUAAUGCAUUUCAUUCAGAGAGAAAUCUAUGAUUAUAAAAAUGAAGAACAAAUUGAAAACUUCAUUAAAAACCAACUCUGCCAACGAUUACAGAUAGUCAUGACUAAGGAUGCGUGCGAUAACUUUGUUCAAACUUAUGGACCGAUGAUAUUUCAACUCAUAGCUCAAGAUGUCUUUGAUCCGACAACUGUUUGUCAGAAAGAAUUACAUCUCUGUCCAAACACUACUAUAUCUGUUCCAACGGCACAAUCUCCACAACAAGACUUUCAAGUGAAUAAUCAGGAAAAGUGUGAACUCUGCAGAAAUCUUGUGCAACAAAUGGAUACUUUGCUAGAAAACAAUGUGUUUGACAAAGAGGUUGCAAAAUAUGUUGAGAAAGCUUGUCAUCCAUUGAAAAAUAAAGCCAAAAGAGUUGAGUGUGAAUUAAUGAUUGAAGCAUUUGCUCCAUAUUUCCUACAAAUGAUUGGCCACUUGAGCGACGCCGACAAGAUUUGUAGAUCAAUCGAUAUGUGCUAUUCAAGUGAAGGCGUUCACCUAUUGGGAGGACAUAAAUGCACAUUUGGACCAACUUAUUGGUGCCAUACUAUAGCUCAUGCAGAGGCCUGUAAAGCAACUCAUUUUUGCAAAAAUAAAGUUUGGAAACCAAUUGCCUAAUAAAUGAGAGUCACAUGAUAUGAAUAAAAUAUCAACUAAUUUGAAGUCAGCUAUUAAUUAACUCAACGAUUCAUAAUUUUAUUAAAUUUUUGUCACAGUUUAUGAAUUGCAAUAAAAUAUUUCUAUAUUAAAAGUUAAAAUUUAUUUUAAUUAACUACUAGUUUUGUAUUAUAAUAUUAAUAUUUGUAGACAACAUAAAUAA